AUGGCUAGCGAAGCGCCCGAAGCUCCAGCAGAUGAGAGAUGCCAGAUUGUGAGGCGACUGCUGCGACUAGCAGGGCCAGUUACCGGAGCUUACGCUCUCGAGGGAGUGGCCACGCUUGUACCGUUUUGGGCAGCUGCACACUUGGGCAGCCCGGAUGCAGAGGAGGCGACAAGGAGAGUUGGCGCCGUGGGGCUCGGCAGUUCGGUGUUGGCCGUCUUUUGCCACACCUUCGCAGCAGGCUGGGCAGGUGCCCAGGACACCCUGGUUUCGCAAGCCUACGGCGAAGAGGAUGACAAGAAAGCCAGGGACUAUCUGCAUUGCUGCCUGGUUUGGAUGUUGCUGUUCGCUGCUGCAGCCUCCGUGCUUCUCUGGCAGACAGAGGCCCUGCUUCUCUGGCUCGGAUGCGCGAGCGAGCAGAUCGCUGCUGAUACUGCGAGGCAUGUGAUUGCAAGCAUUCCUGGAGCUUGCUUCACUUUCCAGUAUGAUUCGUUGAGGAAGUUCUUGAUGAAUCAGCAGAUCUCUUCGCCAGGUUUUUGGGUCCUUGUCGCCACCGUACCAUGCCAUUUGGCCAUGAGCGUUCUGCUCCUCGAGUGGUCUUCCAUUGAUCCCGUGGUCUCCCUGGGCAUCGCCUUUUCUGUGAAGUCGGCGGUGUCCUUCUUCCUGCUGGGAGGCUACAUGAGCUGGUUUCAUGUCACGCCCAGCUGUGUGGGCUGGUGGCGAAUCUGGCAGUCAUCGGCCUUCACCUGGAAAGGACUGCUGUCAUAUGCUGCAAUCGGUGUGCCGAACGUGGCCAUGGUGGGCUUUGACUGGUGGGCUUUCGAGCUCCUCACUCUUCUGGCAGGGGGGUUGCAGAGUCAGAGCGAGUUGGCCGCGCACGUUGCCAUGGCGACUGUCUCAAACUGGACAUUCCUGCUGUCCCGCGGCGUCUCCAAAGCUGCCACAGCCUUGGUUGGAGCCGCUACUGGCCAGAAGGACUUGGCCCAGGUUUCCAGCACGCUGAAGGCUGGCACUCAGCUGACAGCCGCCAUGUGCGGAAUGAUUGUGGCGUGCUGCUGGGUUGGGCGUGGUCAGCUGGCACUUGGGCUCCUGUCCGACGAGGCCGCAUCUCAAGAGGCGUUCAUGCGUGCCUUUCCCUUCAUGCUCCUGCAGAUCUUGGCAGAUGGCGCGAACAGCCUGUUCAGCGGCGUCUUCGCCGCAUUCGGACGACAAGGGGCCGUCUCGAUUGGCCUCUUCACGUGUCAGUGGGUGGUGCAGCUCACUGGUGCCUGGCAACUGGG